AUGGCAAAACUCACUGAUGAUGCCGACUACGAUGCCGGCGAACAGUUUGAGAAUCUUUUGGCACACAUCAUUUGUCUUGCAUUUGCACAUCUUGCUGGUGUCCUAAUUGGUCGUCGAGGCAUCGCCACACGACGAUUUUAUGUGUUCCAACGGGCCUGGCGUUGCCAACUGGGCCAAGAGCGGCUGCGAGCAACUCGUCGCCAAGUGGUUCGUCUCUUCUAA